GGAGGGGCGGGGCCGAGGGGCGGGGCCUCGAGUGGCCCGAGGUGGCCUGGCGGCUGGGUCGGAAGCCGCGCGGUCCGACUCAUUACGUCCCGGGUAUGGCGUCCCCACGGGAACUGACCCAGAACCCCCUGAAGAAGAUCUGGAUGCCGUACAGCAAUGGGAGGCCCGCUCUGCACGCCUGCCAGCGCCGUGUUUGCAUGACCAACUGCCCAACGCUCAUUGUCAUGGUAGGCCUGCCCGCCAGGGGCAAGACCUACAUCUCUAAGAAGCUGACUCGCUACCUGAACUGGAUUGGCGUGCCCACUCGCGAAUUCAACGUUGGCCAGUAUCGCCGGGACAUGGUCAAGACGUACAAGUCUUUUGAAUUUUUCCUUCCAGACAAUGAAGAGGGCCUAAAAAUCAGGAAGCAGUGUGCACUGGCAGCCCUCCGUGAUGUCCGGCGGUUCCUCAGUGAGGAGGGGGGACACGUGGCGGUUUUUGAUGCAACGAAUACCACCCGAGAGCGGAGAGCGACCAUCUUUAAUUUUGGGGAACAGAAUGGCUACAAGACCUUUUUUGUGGAGUCCAUCUGUGUGGAUCCUGAGGUCAUAGCUGCUAACAUUGUGCAAGUGAAACUGGGCAGCCCUGACUAUGUGAACCAUGAUAGUGACAAGGCCACGGAAGAUUUCAUGCGGCGCAUUGAGUGCUAUGAGAAUUCGUACGAGUCGCUGGAUGAGGACCUGGACAGGGAUCUGUCCUACAUCAAGAUCAUGGACGUGGGGCAGAGCUAUGUGGUGAACCGGGUGGCUGAUCACAUCCAGAGCCGCAUCGUGUAUUACCUCAUGAACAUCCAUGUGACCCCCCGCUCCAUCUACCUCUGCCGGCACGGGGAAAGUGAGCUCAAUCUCAAGGGCCGGAUUGGCGGGGACCCGGGACUGUCCCCCCGGGGCAGGGAGUUUGCCAGGAGUCUGGCCCAGUUCAUCCGUGAUCAGAACAUCAAGGACCUGAAGGUCUGGACGAGCCAGAUGAAGAGGACCAUCCAGACAGCCGAGGCCCUGGGUGUGCCUUAUGAGCAGUGGAAGGGCGUCUGUGAGGAGAUGACUUACGAAGAAAUUCAGGAUCAUUAUCCACUGGAAUUUGCCCUACGGGACCAGGACAAGUACCGGUACCGGUACCCCAAGGGGGAGUCCUACGAGGACCUGGUCCAGCGCCUUGAGCCUGUCAUCAUGGAGCUGGAGAGGCAAGAGAAUGUGCUGGUCAUCUGCCACCAGGCUGUGAUGCGCUGCCUCCUGGCCUACUUCCUUGAUAAGGCGGCAGAACAGCUGCCCUACCUCAAGUGUCCGCUGCACACCGUCCUGAAGCUGACCCCCGUGGCUUAUGGUUGUAAAGUGGAGUCCAUAUUCCUGAACGUGAUGGCUGUGAACACGCACCGGGACAGGCCUCAGAAUGUAGACAUCUCGAGGCCCCCGGAGGAAGCCCUUGUCACGGUCCCUGCUCACCAGUGACCGUGUCUCAUCCACUGCGACCCCCAGGCAGGUAUGGACCUCUGCAAAUGAGGUCCUUACAGGCCCCCUGGCCCGUGU